UACUCUUAUUUCCUACGUUUCUAUUCCAUGACUGAUUGAGAGAGAGUAAGAGAGAGAGCCCCUGAGACUGGAGAAGGAACUUCUCUUCCACCUUCACCACCCUAAAGAGAAAUUCACUUUUCAUAUCUGCUUCUCUCUCCCCUAAUUUCCCACACUUUCCCACCAGCCAAACAUGGACUUAGCCACUAAGCUUCAAUGCAUCGACCUCCGUUCGACGUUCCUCACUGGUACAGCCCUUUUAGAUGCUCGCAAAACCAGUCUCCGACCACGUCUCCGCCCAAUUUCAGCCACUCAAUCAAUUACAGGUAACAAUUGUUCCAUCAGAACCAGUAAUUUCUUUAGCACUAGACAACCAAAAAUCCCUAGAAUAUUAGCCAAUUUAUCUGCGGUCGCUGUUGAAACAUCAGUCGUGGAAACUAACGUCGAGGACGAUAUCGAAUCGCUGUUUUCGGAGAAUUCAGUGGAUAAAACUGACUAUAAGCGUAUGAAUAAGCAAUCGAAUAGGGGUGCUUCGAGUAUAUCAUCGGGCGUUAGGUUAGAAAAUGUGAGCAAGAGCUAUAAGGGUGUGACUGUAUUGAAAGAUGUGACCUGGGAAGUGAAGAAAGGCGAAAAAGUAGGGUUAGUAGGUGUUAAUGGUGCUGGAAAGACAACCCAGAUGAGAAUUAUUGCUGGUCAAGAAGGACCCGAUUCCGGAAAUGUAAUUAAGGCAAAACCCAAUAUGAAAAUCGCGUUUUUGAGUCAAGAAUUCGAGGUUUCGGUGAGUAGGACGGUGAAGGAGGAGUUUAUGAGCGCGUUUAAGGAGGAAAUGGAGGUAGCUGUGAGGUUGGAGAAGGUGCAGAAGGCAAUAGAAGGCUCCACGGAAGAUUUGGAGUUGAUGGGGAGGCUUUUGGAUGAGUUUGAUUUGCUUCAGAGGCGAGCAACUGCUGUAAAUUUGGAUGAGGUGGACGUGAAGAUCAAUAAGUUGAUGCCGGAACUAGGGUUUGCACCAGAAGAUUCUGAUAGACUGGUGGCGUCAUUUAGUAGUGGUUGGCAGAUGAGAAUGUCCCUUGGGAAGAUUUUACUUCAGGACCCAGAUUUGCUAUUAUUAGAUGAACCGACAAAUCACCUUGAUCUUGAUACCAUUGAGUGGCUUGAAGGUUAUCUUAAUAAGGUCAAUGUGCCAAUGGUCAUCAUAUCUCAUGACAGGGCUUUCCUUGACCAGCUGUGCACAAAAAUUGUUGAAACUGACAUGGGUGUAUCCAGGACAUACAUGGGCAAUUAUUCUGAGUAUAUUAUUGCAAAGGCAGCAUGGAUUGAAGCUCAAAAUGCAGCAUGGGAGAAGCAGCAGAAGGAAAUUGAGCACACACAAGACUUAAUACACAGGUUAAGUGCAGGGGCAAAUGCUGGCCGUGCAUCUACUGCUGAAAAGAAGCUCGAAAAACUUAAGGAAGAGGAACAAAUUGAUAAGCCUUUUAUAAGGAAACAAAUGAAGAUCAGAUUUCCUGAGCGUGGAAGAAGUGGAAGAUCUGUUGCAACAAUAAAGAAUCUGGAAUUUGGAUAUGGGGAAAAGGUUCUGUUUAAAAAGGCAAAUGUUACAAUUGAAAAGGGUGAGAAAAUUGCAAUUAUCGGCCCCAAUGGGUGUGGUAAGAGUACUUUGCUUAAACUGAUAAUGGGCCUACAGAAGCCAAUAGCAGGAGAAGUGCUGCUUGGGGAGCAUAAUGUCCUACCAAACUAUUUUGAGCAGAAUCAGGCUGAGGCGCUUGAUUUGAAUAAAACAGUCCUUCAGACUGUAGCAGAAGUUGCAGAGGACUGGAGAAUUGAUGAUAUAAAGGGACUCCUUGGUCGUUGUAAUUUCAAGGCUGAUAUGCUUGAUAGGAAGGUUUCCCUCCUCAGUGGUGGUGAGAAGGCACGGCUCGCCUUUUGCAAGUUCAUGGUGACACCAUCAACAUUGCUAGUUUUGGAUGAACCAACAAAUCACUUGGAUAUACCUUCUAAGGAGAUGCUUGAGGAGGCAAUAACAGAGUACAAGGGCACUGUCAUUACCGUAUCUCAUGACCGAUACUUCAUAAGGCAAAUAGUUAACAGAGUGUUGGAAGUUAAGGAUGGCAAUUUACAAGACUACGCCGGCGAUUACAAUUAUUAUUUGGAGAAGAACCUUGAUGCAAGGCAGCGAGAGCUUGAACGCGAGGCAGAACUUGAGGAAAAGGCUCCUAAAGUAAAAGCCAAAUCCAAAAUGUCAAAGGCUGAGAAGGAAGCACGGAAGAAACAGAAAAUGCAGGCAUUUCAGCAGGCAAAAGCAAAAUCGAAGGGGCUGAAGAAUGCUAAGAGAUGGAACUGAGUCCUGCUUUUUAUGUUUUAGUUGAAGUCAUUUUUUAAGUAAUGUUAAGGGAGGUGAUGAGUCCUAGUGUGAGCUACCGUAUCGAUGUGUAUAUAACAUGUGUAGAAAUAGGUUAGUAAAUUCAGAAAUCAAGGGUAGAUUGCAACACUGGAUUAUUUUGGAGCUGUAUUAUUGCCAUUGCCGGAUGGGCUGCUCACUGUACCAAGGUAGUUUCGAAGAACAUUAUGUAAUUGACAACGCCUGUUGCGAAAUGAAGAUUCACCCAUUCUUAUA